AUGAGGACUCGAACUGGCUGCGUCACAUGUCGGUCUCGGCACUUGAAAUGCGACGAGAAUAAACCAAUAUGUAACCGCUGCAAGCGCGGAAAGCGAGAAUGUGUCCAGGUCGAUCCGGCCGCCAACUUUCGAUAUGUCUUCACAACCGCUGCAGGGGUCAAACCCCCAGCAGCCUCCCAGAAGAAGACUCGGCCAGUCAGGCAUUCUACGUUAAUUACUGAUGAUCACGAUAAGACUGCUCAUAGCCCUGGGGACAAUUUAGAAACAGUUUCAUCUCCCGGUGUCUUAGAACAAGAUGUCUAUCACUACAUACCUCACGAUGAAGAGCAAUUGGGUUCAGCCAGCCAGCCACCUCUUCAAGCAGAGCUAUCGCCAGAGAUGUCAGAUAAUGGCAUUAUAGAUCCCACCCUCUCUACGGUCAUCUGUGAACCCAUGCACAUCCGUGGUGUUGCAGACUCGACAAGCUACCACGGGCCCUCGCCACAGAGCAACAACAGCGUCAGUAUCGCGGGGACGAUGAAAGUGACAGGUGUUUCAGAAUUAUAUGCGCGUUCUCGGAAAGAUACCGGUCUCAGGUGCCGUGAAGAAGCAGCGCUUCUCAAAUUCUUCAAGGAGCAUUGGGUCCCGGGUCUCGACUCACAAGAUGCGAAUCGUCACUUUGCGCUGGAGGUACACCAGCGUGCACCGAGAACUCCGGUUCUACUGAACGCGAUUCUGGCAGUCGCAUCACUUCACCAGAGCAGACUUUCCGGUUCUUCGAUUGUGGUUGCAGAGCAGUACCACGAGGAAUGCGUGAAACUGAUUCUUGGCAUACUCAACCAGGCGGAUGGACCAAUUGAUGAGAUACUCCUGGCCACCACUGUAAUUCUGCGCGUUUACGAGCAAAUGAAUGGAUCAUUCAACGAUGAAGAGUGUCACUUACUAGGAGCCUCCGCUCUCGCAUCGGCACCAGCGGCUACCAGCGGUCGCCUCUGGAAGGCAGCGUUCUGGGUCUAUCUCCGUCAAGACAUCUACAUGGCGAUUUUGGACCAGCGACCUAUCAAAACAGAUGUAUCAAUCUGCACGACAUGGGCAAAUGAGAAACCAACCAAUGAUUGCGAAUGGAGCCAAGCCAUUAUGCUCAUUGUCGCCGAUAUAAUUGGCUUUUGUUUUUCCACGUUGUGGGAUGAUCCAGCAGAGAGAUGGGCGUCCCUACGUGAAAGAUUGGACAAUUGGGCAUUCUCCCGGCCUGCGUCUUUUGAACCGUAUUACUAUAAUGAGAGGAACAUAACUGCUGGGAGGUGCUUCCCUGACUUUUGGCUUUUCGAACAAUGCCAUGUUACGGCGAUUAUCUACUACCACAUGGGCCAUGCGCUUCUCCUUAUUUACGACCCAAACCACGCAAUGGGCAUCAAUGCCCGACGUCAACAAAGGGUACUUGAGCUGGCUAUUCUAGAUAUGCUAAAGCAAGCCGAGAUAGAAGAUCAAUGGCCCACAGCACGGAUAUCCCAAGUAUUGAAGGAGGAGUGGGAGAUCAUCGGCUGA